AUGAACAAGCGAGCACGGUUCAAGGUCCCGAUACACCGGACGUUUGAGACGCACGUGCCUGACAGCAUCUACAGCAAAUUAGAAGACAUGCUGAUGAGGGAUGCCGGUGAUUCAUGCCAAGCGACUGCUCUGAAUACAUCUAGUGAGAAGUACAACAUUCAGGUUAUUGAUACUGAGGCACGCAUUCGCUAUAAGGUGGUGUGUACAUAUCUUGCAGAAGAGCGACAAUUUUAUGUAAAAAAGGUGAAGAAGCUGCCUCUGCGAUACGCAGUCAUUGACGUAGCGCGGCCUGAGAAGGACGUGGAUGCUCGCUUGAUUUUGUUCACAGAAACGCAUUUGAAUACGCUGGAUGAUGAACUAGAUGCUGCAAUAAAGAGGAUUUUGGAGUUUUCACAGAUCGACUCUUGGACACCAGGAGGGCUACACAUUCCAGCUCACAUGACAGAAGGCUAUGAGUGUUCAGCUCCUGGUUAUGGUAGCUGCGGCUGUGAUGGCAUGGGUAGGGCGUUUGGAGAGAGCAGCGGGCAGAGCGACAGAAGCAGAAGGUUCCAAGUGUGUGCGGUUCGGCAUGUUACUGUACGGAAGGCGUUGGUGGGAGGGAGAGUGUGGAAGUUUGCACGAGUGGAUGGGAUUGAGUACAAGCAGGGAGGUGGGCGGCGGACCAAUGAGAUUGAGUUUUGCCCGGUUGCAUGGCAGCAGGAGCUGAAGUGUGGCACGGGAGGGCCUGGCAGCAGCAAGGAGCAGCAGCCCCCCUCGUGGAGCACUGGAGACAUCAUGGCAGAGUGCCCUGGGCUUCUGGAUUGGAUGAGCCAGAACCUGCCAUAA